GAGCCUGACUGCGGCAACGUGUCAGAUGCCAUGUCUCAUCUAGCCCUGGGGCAAGAUGGUGAACUCUUGCCCAGCUCGUUCUUCUCGUCGUGCCCUGCCCUCAUAUCCUAUAUGCUAAACCACUCCCAAUCCGGCUGCUUCCGAGUCCCCGGAGACCCUUUUCUCCCAUUACCCGUGCUCGGAAGACCUGGAGAUCCCGAAGAUACUCGUUACAGACCUCACCGUGUUGAUAUUGACCCGCGAUAUGAUCCUCGGAAUCCAGUUUACGACCCAAGGAACCCUGGAUACGAUCCACGAGCAAGAGACCUUGAUUAUGAACAGCGCAGACGUAGUGGCAAAAUGAGGAACACUGAGUACGAUGGACGCGGUCGUGAAUAUGAUCGUCGUGACCCAAGGUAUGACCCAAGAGAUCCGAGAAAUGAUCACAGAGACCCAAAGUACAGAGCUCAAGACCCCAAGUAUGAUUCUCGUGAUCCAAAAUAUAAUCUUCGUGAUCCGAAGUACGACCCGCGUGAUCCUAAAUACCUUCCUAAGUACGAUCCUCGUGACCCAAGAAAUGAUCCUAAGAAUCCUGCCUACGACCCGCGCCGACCGGGGUCGUCCUGGGACCGGAACCGCUACGGAGACCGCCGGUACCCCGACGACGACGCUCAUAUGAAGAACCGUAAGCGGUACGAGCUCAACAGGAGAGGAUAUGGAGACCAGUAUCCCAAACGGCAUCCAGGGUCUGAGUUUUAUGACUAUGACUAUGAUGAAGAAUAUCGUCGACUUGAUCGCAAGGAAAGUGUUUAUGCUCGCUGGAUCGGAGGCGUGGUAUCCAUGCUACUGAUCGGCUGCAUUAGCCUGGCAUGCACGAUGGUCCUGCCAGCUCUACGCAGGACUCGCCACUACGACCAAGCCAACCACUUCCUCCUGUCCCUGGCUGUAGGAACCCUCGCUGGGGACGCUCUCAUCCAUCUCCUGCCUCACGUCAGUAGUUCGCAUGCACAAGCGCUGUACGGCUUCACGGCCCUCAUGGGCAUCAUCAUCUUCCUGUUCCUGGAGCGUCUACACAACAUCAGGUCCGGAGCAAAGGACGCUCACGGACACGCCCACGGUGGCGCACGGCAACGACGGGGCAGCGGGCCCAUUGCGGCCCAUGGCUCGACUAGCAACUCGACGCUGCCACGCAACGCAAGUUUACUUCUCAGCGACACUGCCAUCGACCUGCCGCCCAGCCAGAAAAUCGGCAAGAAGCUAAGCGAGCACAGCAAGGAAGACUCCUUUGAUAACACCUUAGAUGCCCGCGGUGAUGCGUCGCGAUGUUUCGGCGGCUGUCCUCAGAACAGGUCCAGCACCGGGGACCCCAACGGCAAUGCUGACGGCGACGGCGAUGCUGUCGUCGCACCCGGUGCCCGUGGGGGCACGAGCAGCACGGCCAGCACCCUGCAGCGCGACCAUCACGUCCUGCCCGUACUUAUGAACCCCGUCACCGUCGCCGAGAAACUCGAGUUCAAGCCAGACAAGAACGACGACAGCUCGAGUGUGAACAUCGUCCUACAAGAGUACCACGUCAGCCAUCACGGCCACUCGCAUCACGGCCAUGCGCACGUCUCAGGUCGCAAGGACUCGCUGCGCAUGAUGAUCUUGAUGGGCGAGGGCAUGCACAUCUUCAUGGACGGCAUGGCCAUCGGGGCGGCCUUCGCCACGAGCCUUACGGGCGGCAUCGCCACCGCCAUCGCCGUGCUGUGCCACGAGCUGCCCCAUAAAGUCGGGGAUUUCGCUCUGCUCUUCGACAUGGGCAUGACCCGGAAGACGGCGCUGCAGAUGGUGGUGCUGAUGUGGCUGCUGAGUGUCGUGGGGAUGAUCAUAGGCGAGGUGGUUGGUUCCAUCGAGGCUGCCGCGCCCUGGAUUUAUUCCUUCACUGCUGGCAUUUUUCUGCAUCUCGCCCUCGUCGAUCUGCUGUCGGAGGUGAGCGUAAAGGGCGGCGAGACGUGCAGCGCUGCUGGCCAGAUCCUGCUGCAGAUGUGCGGCAUGCUCACCGGGGCGGGCAUUAUGCUGCUCAUCGCCGUCUACGAACACGACCUCCACAACAUCCUCGCUUGGGCUUUCUGAAAAUGGCUUUUCCGGCCUGACCGCCAGGACUCUUUUAAGGAUGGUUACACCAACAUCUUUGGUCGUCCCAUCUCUUAAGCGGAGCUCUGGAAGUUCAGUUCGGUUCCUCUCAUGGACUCGUAUUGCGUGUCAUCAGUGCCUGCAAGGCAGUGACGGCAAAUUUCAUUUCGCUGGUGUUGUUUGAGGUCAAAGUUGCGUUUAUCUAAAUUUGAACUCGUAUUCCUACGUGAGUCUAAAGAUCGUAGAUUGUACGAUUCGAUAUGGAAAGAAAAAAUUGUGUCAAUACAAAUUAUUAUUUUGUUGCUAAUCUCUUUCUAGCAACUAAAUGGUUGCGAAGUAACUAUACGAUUCGUCUCGAGUAAACAGUUGUUAAAUUAAAUUGUCUAUCUCGUAAGUAAAAUUGUUACCGGCUGCUUUGAGAAUAGAAGGAUUCCCUCGAUUUUCUUUUUAUAUGGAAAACGUCUUAUCUGAUCUGGGGACUAACGUUUAAAUUUUCAUUGCAAACUAAAUUGAGUGGAUUUAGGAAGGAAAACCUAUAAGGUGUUUCUCACAGAGUGGCAUUUAAGAAGUUACAGCUUCUGAGACUACAACUCUGCUCGCGUGAAUGGCAGCUUUUAGAACUGAUGAGCGUUCAAUCAACUCUCCUUUUUUGUGGAGAUUUUAGUUCAUUGAACAGUCAAUUUUAGUCUUUGGAGCGGUAAAAAUACUUGAGAAGUGAACAAAAUUGAGGAGCGGAAAACGUUUGUAAAACUGCGAGAAUUCGUUCUGGGAGGUCGAUUAAUGGAAAGGAAAAAGAGUUCCUUACUGGACGAGACGAGACUGUCUAUGCAGCUGUUAGUUGGAUAGCAAUUUCUGUUGCUCUUCGUUACCAAUUGAGCUUUUAUUAACAAUAAUUAAACUACGGUGAUUUGAGGCUUGAGUUUGUGAUCAUCGAUAAGUUUUUGUUCUUUUAGUUUCCUUAGUUCUUAAGUAUAAUCUAAUGUCCGUACGCGUUCAGCGUAUUCAGUACUCGCUGUAUGUCUUAAUAAUAUAGUUUCGUCACGUAUGGAUAUCGACUUUUAUAUGAUAGGAAGUGACUCUAAGUUUGUCUGAUUAUAUUUGGGAAUUUUAUCGAACAGAUACUCUCCCGUGAACUUUCAAUUUCAUUAUACUUGCCAUUUGUUUGCAAAAGAUGUCUGGCAUUAAUACGCGGCAACUGUAAUCAACUGUUGGUGUAAGAGCAACAGUUCACCAAUAUUUCUGUCCACAUCGUCGUUAGUUUCCCUCAUGACGUGAAAUAAAAAAAUAAGGUUCAGUUGUCACUAGUGUUAAGGUCCUCACGACUCAAUAACGAAACACAAGAUAAAUAUACCAACCGUUUGUUUUUCGUUUUCUCAUCGCUAUACUUACUACGAUUGUAUUGCAGCCAUUACUUAAUAAUUCAUAGUUUGAGUUAUCCUUUCCCUUGCGUUGAUUCUGCGACUUGUUUUC